AUGACGAGUAAGCCAUGGCUCUUAUUUGUUCUGCUUCUAAUCCUCUCUUAUGGCAGAGCAUGCUUUUCCAUAUCUGGUGAUACCCUUUCACCAGGUCACUCUCUUUCUUUUUCAAAGAGCGAGACCAUAGUAUCUCAAGGUGGCACUUUUGAGCUCGGUUUCUUCAAACCAGGAAGUUCAUUAAAAAUCUACCUGGGCAUAUGGUAUAAAAUGUAUGACCAGAAGGACAAUAUUGUUUGGGUAGCAAAUAGAGAAAACCCUCUGUCUGACCUGUCUUCGUCAAGACUUGACCUCUCAGAAGAUGGCAAUCUACUCCUGUUUGGAGGUUCCUCCAGCAUCCCAUUUUCGUUGACAAAUUUGACCUCUCCCCGCUCAACUGAAGCAGUACUUGGGGAAGAUGGAAAUUUUGUUUUAAGAGAUAAAUCGAAUGCGUCUUCUAUAUUGUGGGAGAGUUUCGACCAUCCGACCGAUACAUGGCUCCCAGGUGCAAAGUGUUGGAUCGAUAAGGCUACUCGAAAACAACAUCAACUCGUUUCAUGGAAAAAUUCAGAAGAUCCAGCACCUGGUGUCUUCUCGGUGGGGUUAGACCCAAAUGGAAUCAAUCAAGUUUGCUUACAGUGGAACACAUCCCAAAUCUAUUGGUGUUCUGGAGCUUGGAAUGGACAUUCUUUCAACUUAAUUCCUGAGAUGAGCUUGAGUUCUAUCUACAACUUCAGUAUUGUGUCAAAUGAAAAGGGAAUGUAUAUUAUUCAUUAUCUUCGUAAUCCAUCUUACCGCUCUAAAUUAGUGAUGUUGUCUACAGGAAAACUGCAGCUAUGGACGUGGCUGUCUGGCCCUUUGGUAUGGAAUUCAUUUUGGUAUAUACCGAGGGACCCAUCUGAUGUCUACGCUUUGUGUGGUGGAUUUGGCGUGUAUAGUGGGAAUUCCUCGAGCCCGAUCUGUGAAUGUCUAAAAGGCUUUGAACCAUUUUCGAUUGACUACACCAGACUAAAUGAUUGGUCGGGUGGCUGUGUGAGGAAAUCUCCUUUGCAAUGUGAGAAUAAUACGUAUGGUAAUGGGACAAAAGAUUGGUUCAUGAAAAUGCCAAACGUGAGAUUGCCUGUCAAUUCAAAAGCAUAUUGGGCAGAGAGUGCUAGGAUUAAUUGUGAAGCGGCUUGCAUGAAUAAUUGCUCUUGCACAGCUUAUGCUUAUAAUAGGAGUGGGUACUGUAUGAUAUGGGAAGGAGCUAUUUUUAACUUACAGCAACUCUCAGAUGCUGGCGAGACUGGACAAUAUAUCUAUCUCAAACUUGCUGCUGAUGAGAAUCAAAGUACCAAAGGCAAAAAAUGGAAAGUAUGGGUAGCUGUGUUGGUCCCUUCAAUAGGGUUUAUCUUAUGCCUCUUCAUUUGUUUUUCAACGAAAGGAAAGCUCAAACGCGUAGGAGAGAAGGCUUCAAGCAACAAUCUACUAUUAUUUGAUUUCGAUACGGAGCUCAGUGUAAUCAAUGAAGAAACGAAUACCAACAAUAAUAUGAAGAAAAAAGAGAAGGAUUUUGAGUUACCACUAUUCAGUUAUGAGAGCAUAUCAACUGCAACUAAUAAUUUUUCAGCUGUAAAUAAGCUUGGAGAAGGAGGUUAUGGACUUGUUUACAAGAAAACCGACAUUAGUGGUAAAUCUUUAUGGAAGUUUAAAGAGCUUAUGGUUCUCCUUCAUAGGGGAAAUUACUCAGAGCGCGAGAAGUUGCAGUGA